AUGGGAGAAAGUAUCGACAUUUUCAAUGGCGAUAUGGAUGGCUUGGAGCAGGAAGCGGAAAGCGCAAGGCGCAAAUACCAAAAGAAGAAAAGCGAAAUUGAGGAAGGCCUCAAGGAAGCGCAAAGCCUGAAAGAGGCAAUGGAAGAGACUGAGAAGAACAUUGACGAAGCCAAGGAGGAAUUGGCGAAGUUCCAGAAGUCAAAGGAUGUAGUGAAAGGCAUCAAUGUGAUGAUGAGAUCGGCCGGAGAGGUAAUGACCCUCCUGAUCCAAGAAAGGCCGGAGUUCAAACGGCUCUAUGCGAAAAAGAAAGAAAGACUUUCGCUGUUCGAGCUGAUGAAGAGGAAGAAAGAAAGCGAGAGCGAGAUCGAGCCAAUGGCAAUGGCAGAUGAGCCUAGAGGCGUAAAGAUGAACCGCCCAAUGCCGAAAAAGGCUCCAGAGCCACUGAGGAAGCCGUCAAUGGACGAGCCCGAACCAAAGAGGCAGAAAGUUGGAGAAAGCCCGAAAGGGGGCACCCGACUGAAGGGUUGCUUUUUCUGCGGAGAAGAGAGCCAUAAAGCCAUGUAUUGCGAAGCAAUGGCGAAGCUUGCGUUGGAGCUGGGUGGAAGUGUGCCAUCCAUGGAAGACCGCAGGAAGGAAGGCGAAAAGGAAGAAGAGAAGUUUUUGAAGGCCAAAGAGGCCGCAUCGCCGCAGCCGCCGAAUCCCAAAUGGGGAGUUGAGCAAAUGGAGAGAAAGGUCGAGAGUUUGGAGCCUAAGGUGAAGGCUAUGCCCAAGCAGGCAGGGCCACACAUCGAAGAAGUUACGGAUGAUGACAAGGAAGAGUCAAAGAAGCAAGAUGAGAUGAUUGAUCUCGAGAAGAAGGAUCCGGAAGGGAUCAAAUGGAGCUUUCCGGAGAAAGAAGAAGAGCGGAAGGCAAAGAUGGCAAUGGCCAAGGCAGCGAAGGAAAGCAUCGAAAAAGAGGGAGCAGAAAAGGAAAGCAUCGAAAAGGAGCAAGCAUCGAAGGAUGCCAAGAAGAAGAAGGCCGACAAGAAGGAAAAGAAGGAAAGCAAAGUGAAGAAGGAAAAGAAGGACAAAAAGCCGAAGAAGGAUAAGAAGGAGAAAAAGGCCAAGAAGAAGACAAAGGCCCCAGCGGCCAAUAUCCAAAUGGAAGACCUGUGA